AUGACAUUUGCAGUAAAAAACACAGUUUUUCCAAUGAUUUUACUUAAACUAGCAGAAUGGUUUGUCUAUAAACUCCUUGCAAAUUCAUGUUAUAAAGCAGCAAUGAAAGUUAAAAAUUCGCGAAUUUUUUUCAAGAAUUCUUCUUCUUUCAGAACAUCUCAUCAAAUUCCGAUUUAUCCCAAUAUUUCAAAAUGUAACAAUUCAAGAAAAUCUGAAACAGUUGUAUGUGAUAUUCAAUCUACAUUACUUAGAUCUGAAUCAUUUUUUCCGUAUUUCAUGUUAAUUGCUUUCGAAGGUGGUGGUAUAUUAAGAGCUCUGUUUUUACUUCUAUCGAGUCCUCUGUUAUUCGUUCUUGAUUUCGAAGCUAAACUGAGAGUUAUGGUGUUCAUAUCUUUCUGUGGGAUGAAAAUUAAGGAUGUUGAAUGUGUUGGUAGAGCCGUUUUGCCUAAAUUUUAUCUUGAAAAUUUGAAUGUUCGUGUUUACGAGUUGAUGAAAUCUGCAGGGGAAAGAAUGGUUUUUACGAGUGUUCCUAGAGUUAUGGUGGAAGGUUUUUUGAAGGAUUAUUUGAGUGUUGAUUGUGUUAAAGGAACUGAGUUGCAUUGUUUUGGGAAUUAUUUUAGUGGAUUUGUUUCAUCUUCUGGGAUUUUGAGUAAGCAUAGAUCUUUAAUGGAAGUUGUUGGUGACAAAAAACCAGAUAUUGGUAUUGGAAAUUCAAGUUUUCAUGAUCAUUUGUUUAUCUCACUUUGCAAGGAAGCUUAUGUGGUGAACAAAGAGGAUACUACUACUACAAGUUCAAUAUUACCAAGAGAAAAAUACCCAAAGCCAUUAAUUUUUCAUGAUGGAAGGCUAGCAUUUUUACCUACACCUCUUGCAACAUUAGCCAUGUUUAUGUGGCUACCAAUUGGAAUUCCACUAGCUAUUUUUAGAAUCUUAAUUGGCAUAUGUUUGCCAUACAAAGUAGCUGUUUUGUUGGGAAAAUUAAGUGGUAUAAGACUAAGAGUUAAAGGUACUGACCCUCCAAGAUCUGAAAAUGACAAAGGAGUCCUAUAUGUUUGCACUCAUAGAACACUUUUGGACCCUGUCUUUCUUAGCACUUCUUUGGGAAAACCUUUAACAGCAGUGACUUAUAGUUUAAGCAAAAUGUCUGAAAUUCUUGCUCCUAUUAAAACUGUGAGAUUGACAAGAUCAAGACAAAAAGAUGGAGAGGCCAUGCAAAGAUUGCUUAGUGAAGGUGACUUAGUGGUAUGUCCAGAAGGAACAACAUGUAGGGAGCCAUAUCUAUUAAGGUUCAGUUCCCUAUUUGCAGAAUUAGCAGAUGAAAUAGUACCAGUGGCUAUGAACACAAAUGUUAGCAUGUUUUAUGGUACAACAGCUAGUGGGCUUAAAUGUUUGGACCCAAUUUUCUUCUUGAUGAAUCCAAGGCCUUGUUACACUGUUGAAAUAUUAGGCAAAUUACCAAAAGAAUUGACUUGUGCUGGUGGAAAAUCAAGUCAUGAAGUGGCUAAUUAUAUACAAAGACAAUUAGGUGCUGCAUUGGGAUUUGAGUGUACUAAUCUUACAAGAAGGGACAAAUAUUUAAUGCUUGCUGGUAAUGAAGGGGUAGUUGAAGAUCAUAAUUCAACAAUAAAUACCUCUAAUUAAUUUAAUUAUUAAGGAGUAUAUAGGGUUAGUGUUUUUUUUAAAAAAAAAACCUUUCUUUGUUAUAUUCACUUUAUUGAGUAGCACAUAUAUAAUUGUGAGUAUAUGUUUAUUAUGCAAUUAGUGGUAAUGUAUGUAAUUUUUUUCUA